GUUUCAAAGAAGCUAGUUAAUUAAGUGCAAAAUGUCAUCAAGUCCGUGGGACGCUUAUUCUCAACAUUCUGGUCUACCUUCAUCCCUAGAACCAUACGGCCAUCCUUUUACUACAGAUAUGCGUAGCCUUGCUGGUGGCUCUGGUGGUCCUGGGAUGAGUAGCUUGGGUGGUGAUGGUGUCCUGGGCUACCCAAAAUCUAGUGAUCUAUCAGUGAAUCUAGCAUCUCAGUAUGCUGCUUACGGGCAGUCAUAUCAUGGUAUGUCAGAGUUAGGGUUUCCAGGCUCAUCCUUGAGGCCCAGCUCUACUGCCCACUCUCCAGGUGCUGCCACAGAUAACCUACCAGCAUCUUCUCCUCACGGCCAGUAUUCUGGCACACCAACAUCAGAACAGUCAUCCUCUCCCACAUUCCCCAAUUCAACAACGCUGUACACCCCAAGCACCAUUACAAGCAGCAUCUCUUCCAGUCCUUAUGCACAAGCAUUUGGAAGUACGAGCAGUUCUGCAGAUUCAAGAGGACCACCAUUUUCUCCAUUUGCACAAUCCUAUGGGUAUCCCAUGUAUGGAUAUAACCAAGUUGGUGGAUUUCCUCCCUCGAAUUCUCUUGAUGGUGUUAAUCGUUACAUGGGUGGUAUUUCAUCCUCUCAAUUAAUGCAGUCAUCGGCAAUGGGUCUUUAUCCCAAUAGUCAGGCUGGGCAGAUGCCCUUUCCCUACCAUCCUUCCAUGGGUUGGGGACCAACUAUACCUGGAUUUCCCAUUAAAGAAAGUUCCGAUUUAAUGUCUCAAGAAGAACUGGAUCGAUACAGAUAUCGCCAGUUUUCAAGCCCAUACUUUGCUGGUCUGCCCCCAGGGGGUCCUCCGGGGAGGAGCUUCCCACCCCAUCCUUUGCAGCCAGGGAUGAUGAGGACACCCCCGUUUCUCGAUGACAGAGUUCACAGCCCAGCGCCUAAAAAACCAAAGAAAUCCACAGAGGAAGCAGAGAGGCCGCCAACUCCAGCGCCACGAGAUCCUGCUACUUUUCACUCUCAGCGUGGGAUUUACUUGUUCACUUCAAACCCUGAGCCAGGUAGUCCCAAUUUUUUCAGUGAUCGCUACAUGAUGUUUGAAAAGGAGUUGUGUGAAAAACUAUCGCGUGUAAGCCUUCCAGGAAAGAUCCAGUAUGUUUAUAAUCCUCUAGAGUAUGCUUUUGACUCCCAUCUAAAUUUUGUCAGAAGGUUCUGUACAGGUGAAAAGUACAUACUUUUUGUAGGUAUGAACCCUGGACCAUUUGGGAUGUCUCAGAAUGGAGUACCUUUUGGUGAGUGUGCCAUUGUAAAGGAGUGGCUUCAAAUAGAGGGUGAGGUCUUAAAGCCAGUUCUAGAACAUCCGAAGAGAAGAGUUGUAGGACUUGAAUGCUCCAGGUCUGAGGUCACUGGUGGGCGUUUCUGGCAACUAUUCAGAACACUGUGUCACACUCCAGAACAUUUCUUUAGAACCAGCUAUGUGCACAACCUGUGUCCUUUUGCCUUUCUUACUGAUAGUGGUAAAAAUGUUACUCCUCCACAACUAACUUCGUCUGUACUGGAUCAGAUCAAUGCAUUAUGCAAUGCAACACUUGUGGAAGUAGUUCGGCUACUGAAGUGCAAAUAUGUAAUAUGCAUUGGGAAAUAUGCUCUGGCGCAAGCACAGAAAGCUUUGUCAGCAGAUGAAUUUAAUGGUAUCACUUUAGAGUGCUUGAUGCAUCCAAGUCCCAUAAACCCAGCUGCGAACAAGGGAUGGGCUGAUAUUGCUAUUAAACAGUUGACUGAGAUAGGUAUUAUUGACAUCAUCAGGUACGGCCGGAUACCAUAUCAGGCACCGAGCCAGCCUCCAGCUCUGUCACAUACAACAUCAUCAUCAGCUUCUUCUUCAAGUCAUCACUCUCAUCACCACUCUUACCACAACAAGCAAUCCCCUGGCCACUAUGGAUUCCAGUCCCCACCAGUGCAGUCAUAUCACCAGUCUCCAGCUCAAGGGUCCAACAACCACCAGUCCCCAGCACAUGCGUCUAGUGUCAAUCAAUCGCCAGCCCAUGCCUCCUCCCGUAGCCAGUCAUCCCCAGCUCACGCUUCAAGCCGCAAUCAGUCCUCACCUGCACACUCUUCUUGUAGCCAGUCACCAGCUCAGCAACAGCCAGUAGCACCCAACCAGUCACCAACAGCAAACAGUAACACCUCUAUCACUGGACCAGGAGAGCAGAGUAAAGAAAAGCAUUCUAACAAGGAGAGCAAGUCCGAGAAAAGCAGCGCCAAGGACAGUCUGUUAGAUUCUACUUCCAACAACUCUGAUAAGUCUCAGGAUAGCAAGGGCUUGCCACAGCUAAACCCAAAUGGCAUUCCAACUUACUCAAGCGAUUCUAUCGGACAAGGUCAUGAAAAUGGCUUGCAGAACCCUCAGAGUGAAUCAGGUUCACAGAGUUCUGAAGUAUCCAAGGGUAACUCACCUAACUUACAAUAUAACUCUGGAAACUCACAAGGAAAUUCGUCUGACUCUCAGAUAAUCGGCCAAAGUUCUCAGAUGUCUGUUUCUAAUUCUCAGAUGUCCAGCAGUGGGCCGAUGAGUUCAGGAAAUCCACAGAUGCACCUAGCUAUGGGUUCUGGUCAUCCCCACAUGGGGAUGGGACUUUCUAUGACAGGCUCUCCUGGUCUGCAGGGAUCUUCUUCGGAUCAGCUGGGUGGUCAGCAAAUAGGCUCACCACAGAUCAAUACAAACUCUCAUAUGGUUUCUCAGAAUUCACACAUGGGGUCAAUGAACUCACACAUGGGGUCAUCAAUGGCUCACAUGAUGGGGUCGCAGAGCUCACACCAAAUGGGAAUGAGUGUUCAAGGAAUGCAUAGCCAGAUGAGCUCUAUGAAUCCGUAUGCACAGCAGAUGGAUAUGGCGCAGAUGGGAGGAUAUGGUUCAGGAAUGUCCCUCAGUGGUUACCCAGGUAAUCCAAGCAUGAGGUCCAGCUCAGAUAUGUCGGGUUAUGGUCCUCAUAUGGGUCUACAGAAUCCAGGGAUGGGCAUGUCCAGCAUGGCAGGGAUGCAUGGCGGACCAAUGUCCUCACAGAUGGGAAUGUUUAAUCCUCACAUGAGCCGGAUGAUGGGUGCCCCAGAGCAUAUGAGUAUGCAUCCAGGAAUGAACUCGAUGUACGAUGGCACCCUGAUGGCUAAAGAAAUGGGAUAUAGCAGCCACUAUUCUGACAAGCCACCAGAAUGCAGUUAGUGUAAUGAAAGACAUGGAAAGCCAUAGUUAAUCAAAACAAUUACUACUCCUUUUGAAGAUCUGUAAAUUGUAAAGCUUGAGCAUUCUGUGCUGUAUUUUAUGGACUGUUUAUUAUUAAAUAUUGGUAGACAAUAAUUGCAGUUGUUUAUGAAACAUUGUGUAGCAAUUUUAAUAAGAUAGACUUUUGUUUACAGUGAAUACCUGUUUUACAACAGAAUUUUAUCUUGUAUCUUUACAUUUUGAUGAUUCUAAAGUUUGCUGUAUAAUUGGUUUUUAAGUUGUAUAUAUUGUACAAUGUACAUUUAGUAGAGUAAUAAGAUUUUUUUUAGAUUGUAUUUUUAUAUAACAUUUUUUGUAGCAUCAAACAUGCAAUUGUAGAUACCUUCAACUUGUACUUUUUGAUAGCAAUGUUUCAUAUUCAUUUCCAGCUACAUCUUGGAAAGCUUUAAUACCCAAUUCAGCGAACUGCUUUUCUUUUAUUGUGACAAUGAAAUAAUUCAGUUUUACCAUAGUGUCUCAGGCAUUACAUUUCUUUAUAUAUUUUUAAAAAAAUUUGAGUGAAAUUUCAAGGCAAUACAGGGUAGUGUUUUAAAAUUAUUUUUAUUAUGAAUAUUUUAAUAAGAUAAUUAUAAUAAUUUACUAAUUCAUCUGCAUAUUGCUUGACACUAACUAACAAUUUUACUUGAAAAUCAGUUUUUAUUAAAUGGAAUUUUAUAUUUCCUGCAUAUUUUGGUUGUGCUUAGAUUAAUAAUUUAGAGUAGCUUUGUUUUGUAUAUGCCUUGUCAUGUGCUUUGGAGUAGUGCUGAAAAAUGUAUGUCAAAGAUGCCAUUCAAACCACACUUUUAGUAAAAAUAUACAAUUGCUAUGGAAUAGUUGAACAAGGUGUUUUAUUUUUUUUUAAAUUAUAAUAAAAUACAUUGGUUCAACCUUCUUAAAGAAACUAGAUAUAACUAGUCCUGUCCUAAAAACAAUUGUAAUUUGAUGUUUUCAGUUCAUAUAAAUAGGCCUAUUUGUCACUAUAAAAGACUUGAAAGUUUCAACUUACCUUAUUGUUUCAAAAUAUAUUUUAGUUUGUUUUUAACUGUUUUAAACAUUGCAAAGAUAUACUACCUUAAUUGUAUUACUCUGGGAAAGUUAUGAUUUUUUGUAGAAAAUCAUACUAGUGUAAUAACUAUUUACCUUUUAUGAAAACAACUAUCAUACUUCUUUUAAUUCCAUUGACUUUUUAUGUGCAUAAAUGACCUUCCUGAAUCUCAGUAAUAUAAUGAUUGUUAUUAUGUAUUCAUAAGUCUGUACAUUUCUCUACUGUCUCACCUUGUAAUUAUUCAAAAUGUCUUGCUUUAUGUGCAAGUAAUUGAACAAAGCUACAUGGGCAUGAUUCUUUUUUUUUAAAGUCAUAUUUACAAAUUUAGGUUUAAAUUACUAAGUUUUAAAUUACUAUUUUAUGUUUUCUUUGUAAGGAAAUUUUUAAAAAAAUGUUUUAUUGUAUUUAGUUUGGAAACUAGUGUUUUUUUUAAAUGAAACAUUUUAGCUUUCUAAGAUGCAAUUAGAACUUCAAGAGAAUUUUUUUUGAAAGACUCUAUUUAAGUAACAAUUAUCAUGACCUUUUGGAAA